AGAUGUGUUAAAGCGAAUGCAGCAGCCCUCACAGCCGUUGAUGCGAGAAGUGUUGUUGUGCUCAGGAGAGAGCUCGGCCCAGGCGCCCCGGCAGAAUGACAUCAUCCAAACGAACGGCAGACUGCCUCGAUUACUUCGAAUAUCACGACGACUGCGACGACACCUUCUCGUCUCAGCCGUAUUCCUCACAGCAGUCGCAGAGCUUCGAUGACGGCUCGGAGCUACAACUGGAUGUCGGUGGUCGUGAUUGGAACCAUGUCUGGAACGAGUUGAUCGGAGAUCCAAACUGCGAGUCUGCCAUUGGCAAUGUGGAAGAAGGAGACCCUCAAACACACCUCUUGUUUCCCGACAUCCACAAUGUGCAGGACGACAUCGAAUCCUGGUUCGCAAAAGACUGGGGGAUGGCUUCUUUUGGGGACGGAGAUGAUCUACGCUUAGACCUGGAAGACACGGUCGGUCAGCCGCAAAAUGACUUCAACCGUUGCUAUGGCAUGAUUUACCGCGCAAAAGCUAGGCUUCAAGGGACCAUGUCAGAGGUGUCGAGAUGUCUAAGGGAAAAUGUGCCUCGCGCUCUCACACACUUUAUCCUGGACAUCAUUUGCGCUGACGACGAGCUUUGCGUCUGCAUUCCAGAUGGCAUGAGGAUUGCAACUCUCAACCUCCACCUGACCGAAUCAUUGCUGGAGCACGUCAAAGCCCAAAAGGUCCGUCUUGAAGCCCUGAUCCGCCGAAGGACGAUAUUCGAGUAAGUCUCUGGCUGGUGCCCACGAAGAAUGCAGCCUCAAGCUACGGAUAAUGAGUGACAACGGCUUUAUUGCCUUGCCGACUCUAAUUCUCAUUCGUCCAUGAUAUCGACGUGGCUGUCCCUCCUUUUACUGGAGCACUUUGCAGCAAAUGUACGAUCCAGGACUGACUCAUUCAGUGAUAUUGGGCAGGCUACAAGAGCGAGGGAGGCAUUUGCAUACUUCAACAUCAACGUCUAUGGGACUGAAGAGUCACAAAGCUCUAUUGGCCACGACUUCUCUGUCAAGAAAAUAUGGCUACAACGGCCUGAUUGGGUGAGCCCAAAUUCGACGUACGACAAUCCGCAUGUUCUGAAGUUGGCCACGGCUCAGCAGCAGAGCCAGUGGGAGAUACCUGAUCAGCUUGAGCAGACCACGAGAACCUGGGGGUUUAAGGAUUCCGUUGACCAGAUGUACUCAAUGCUCACGCGUGAUUCGCAUCUCAAAGGGUUGGCUGGUGAUGCUCGUCUUCGCACCCCACUUCUUCAGCACCAGGAGAAGGCCCUGGAUUUCAUGAUACAACGGGAGACAGGCCCUGUUCCAGAACAGUUUCAACUUUGGCAGGCCACUACCGUGGAAUCGGAGCUCUGGUAUCGCCACAAAAUCACAGGGACAAAAUCUCGGACGUUGCCAGCAGAAGCCGGCGGCGGCAUUUUGGCCGACGAGAUGGGCAUGGGGAAGACCUACUCGAUGUUGGCUGUGAUCGUCCGAACACUGGAUGAGGCAACAAGGUGGUCCGAACGCCCGGAUGUGCACGUUGUCGAAGAAAUCCUCCCGACCAAAAGACCUUCCAGGGCGACAUUGGUCGUUGUCUCAUCCCCGCUGUUACUACCUACUUGGGAAAAGGAGAUCCGGAAUCGUGUCGGUAUAGAAUUGAAGAUCUUGAAAUAUCACGGCAGGACAAGAACCAACGACCCCAGAGUCAUAGCUGAUAAUGACAUCGUCCUGACAACCUACCAUACAAUCGUGGCAGACAAGCACAGAUCGAAUCCUGCCACCGGGGUCGCUUGGUAUCGCAUUGUUCUGGACGAGGCACACUUCGUACGCAGGCAUUCCACCUUUCUCCACAAAGGAGUGGCCGAACUUGACGCAAAGUUCCGCUGGUGCCUGACCGGAACGCCUAUCCAGAAUACUCUGGACGAUAUCGGCUCACUGUUCGCUUUCAUCAAGAUAUACCCAUUUGACAGACUGGGCGUCUUUCGCAAACAUAUCACGGCCCCGUUUGGCGAUGGGGGGAUCCGACGCCGGGAGGGGCAGCGGAAUCUUGUCCAACUGUUCGACUCAAUCGGUAUCCGACGCACGAAGGACCAUCUCAAUCUGGCUCUCCCGGUGGAAACGAUAAACACGAUCCAGUUGUCACCCGAAGAGCGGGCGCAGUACGAAAAGACAAAGGAGGACAUGAAACGGGCAUUGCCGCAUCUUGUAGGCGCAUCCGAGAGCCGGAGCAGAUUCAGCAUGUUCCAAGCCCAGCUGCAACUACGCCUCCUCUGCAACCAUGGGACCUUCCAACAUCAGUUCCACUGGGCCAAAAGCAGGAACACUCGUGACGCUCGAGAAGAUGCGCUCAACUCUGCCGGCACCGACGGCGAGGUCAAGUGUUCGGCUUGCGAACAGACCGUGCACGCUGUCCUCACGAACCGACCCUCCGGCCUGUCCGACAAGUGCGCACAUAUCCUGUGCUCCGAGUGCAAGGAAGGUACAGGCGACAGCUGCCCGGUGUGCGAAGCGACGCUCCGACCCCUCAAAUACCAACGUCCCACGGAAAUAGGGAUCCCCCAGUCCCGUCUGCACCAAGGCGACCUGCGCUCCGAAGGCUACUCGUCGAAAAUGGUCGCCCUGGCCAAGGACCUGCGGGGCGCCGCCGCUGUGGGCGACAAGAGCAUCGUCUUCUCGUGCUGGACGACGACGCUGGACCUGAUCGGCCAGCACCUGAAAGUGUGCGGGGUCACGUUCGAGCGCAUCGACGGCGAGCACUCGGUCGAGCACCGUCAGGACGUGCUCGCGCGGUUCGAGGCCGACCCGCUCGUCCCCGUGCUGAUCAUGACCACGGGCGUGGGCGCGUUCGGCCUGAGCAUCAUCGCCGCCAACCGCGUUUUCCUCGUCGAGCCGCAGUGGAACCCCAGCGUCGAGGCCCAGGCCAUCGGGCGCACCAUCCGCAUCGGCCAGCAAAAGGCCGUGCUGGUCACGCGCUACGUCGUCGAGAACUCGGUCGAAGAGGACAUCCGGCAGCUGCAGCGGCGCAAGCAGGGCAUCGCCAAGAUGACCAGCAAGGACAUGGAGCUGGCUGACACGUACAUCAAGCCCGAGUAUCCCGCGUUCAAUUGA